AUGGCGGCGCCGGGGCCUCUUUGCAUAAUACCACCAACGCCGACAACGACAUCAACGCCGACAAAGACACCAACGCCGACAACGACACCAAGGCCGGCAACACCACCAACUCCGACACCAAGGCCGGCAACGAUACCAAGGCCAACAACACCUCCAACGCCGACAACAACUUCAACGGAGGACAACACCUCCAACGCCGACAACGACACCAAGGCCGACAACACCUCAAACGCCGACAACAACUCCAACGCCGACAACACCUCCAACGCCACCAAGGCCAAGACCGACAACGGCACCAAGGCCGACAACGACACCAAGACCGACAACACCACCAACUCCGACACCAAGGCCGACAACGAUACCAAGGCCGACAACACCUCCAACGCCGACAACAACUACAACGCCGCGAACACCUCCAACGCCGACAACGACACCAAGGCCGACAACACCUCAAACGCCGACAACAACUCCAACGCCGACAACACCUCCAAUGCCGACAACGACACCAAGACCGACAACACCUCCAACGCCGACAACGACACCAAGGCCGACAACGACACCAAGACCGACAACACCUCCAACGCCGACAACGACACCAAGGCCGACAACACCCCCAAGGCCGACAAAGCCACCAACGCCGACAACACCACCAACGCCGACAACACCUCCAACGCCGACAACGACACCAAGGCCGACAACACUUCCAACGCCACCAAGGCCGACAACGACACCAAGGUCGACAACACCUCCAACACCGACAACGACACCAAGGCCGACAACACCACCAACGCCGACAACACCACCAACGCCGAAAACGACACCAAGGCCGACAACAACACCAACGCCGACACCAAGGCCGACAACGACACCAAGACCGACAACACCUCCAACGCCCACAACGACACCAAGGCCGACAACGACACCAAGACCGACAACAUUUCCAACGCCGACAACGACACCAAGGCCGACAACACCUCCAAGGCCGACAAAGUCACCAACGCAGACAACACCACCAACGCCGACAACACCUCCAACGCCACCAAGGCCGACAACGACACCAAGGCCGACAACGACACCAAGGUCGACAACACCUCCAACGCCGACAACGACACCAAGGCCGACAACACCACCAACGCCGAAAACGACACCAAGGCCGACAACAACACCAACGCCGACAACAACACCAACGCCGACAACGACACCAACGCCGACGACACCAAGGCCACCACUAUACCACUAGCAAGAUAA